GCCGGCGCUCACGGCGGCCCCGCAGUCCGGUCCAGGAGCGCGCCCACCCAUGGCCCUCGGGCCGUCGCCCCUGCGCCCAGCCCUGCGCGCAGCCAACGCCGCUCGCCCGGGGGCCGCCUAGCCCCCAACUGGAGCGCGAUGCCGAACGCCUCCGGCCUGGACAGAGCUCUUAAGAUGUCCCUGCCCCGAAGGUCGAGGAUCCGCUCGUCCGUUGGACCUGUUCGUCCUUCUUCGGGCUACAAGAAGGCAGAGGAUGAGAUGUCCCGGGCCACGUCUGUUGGAGACCAGCUGGAGGCACCAGCCCGCACCAUUUACCUCAACCAACCGCAUCUCAACAAAUUCCGUGACAACCAGAUCAGUACGGCCAAGUACAGCGUGUUGACGUUUCUACCUCGAUUCUUGUAUGAGCAGAUUAGAAGAGCUGCUAAUGCCUUCUUCCUCUUCAUUGCCUUAUUACAGCAAAUUCCAGAUGUAUCUCCAACAGGAAGAUAUACCACCCUGGUGCCAUUGAUCAUUAUUUUAACAAUUGCAGGCAUCAAAGAGAUUGUAGAAGAUUUUAAGCGGCAUAAGGCAGACAAUGCAGUGAACAAAAAGAAAACAAUAGUGUUAAGAAAUGGUAUGUGGCAUACCAUUAUGUGGAAAGAGGUGGCGGUGGGAGACAUUGUGAAGGUCAUCAAUGGGCAGUACCUCCCGGCAGACAUGGCCCUGCUAUCCUCCAGUGAACCUCAGGCAAUGUGUUAUGUUGAAACAGCUAAUCUAGAUGGGGAGACGAACCUUAAAAUACGUCAGGGUCUGAGUCACACUGCUGACAUGCAAACAAGGGAAGUAUUGAUGAAGUUAUCUGGAACUAUAGAAUGUGAAGGACCCAACCGCCAUCUCUAUGACUUCACUGGAAACUUGCACAUAGAUGGGAAAAGCCCUGUUCCCCUUGGGCCUGACCAGAUCUUAUUAAGAGGUACACAGCUUAGAAAUACUCAGUGGGUCUUUGGCAUAGUUGUUUAUACUGGACACGACACCAAACUCAUGCAGAAUUCCACAAAAGCACCCCUCAAAAGAUCGAAUGUUGAAAAAGUGACUAAUGUGCAGAUCCUGGUGUUGUUUGGCAUCCUCUUGGUCAUGGCCUUGGUGAGCUCAGUGGGGGCCCUGUACUGGAAUGGGUCUCAAGGUGGAAAGAACUGGUACAUCAAGAAGAUGGACACGACCUCAGAUAAUUUCGGAUAUAACUUGUUGACGUUCAUCAUCUUAUACAACAAUCUUAUUCCCAUCAGUCUGCUGGUGACCCUUGAGGUUGUGAAAUACACUCAAGCCCUUUUUAUAAACUGGGACACAGACAUGUAUUAUCUAGGAAAUGACACUCCUGCAAUGGCCAGGACAUCAAACCUUAAUGAAGAGCUUGGGCAGGUGAAAUACCUAUUUUCUGAUAAAACUGGAACUCUUACAUGCAAUAUCAUGAACUUCAAGAAGUGUAGCAUUGCUGGAGUAACCUAUGGUCAUUUUCCAGAAUUGACAAGAGAACCAUCAUCAGAUGAUUUUUGCCGGAUGCCUCCUUCCCCUAGUGACUCAUGUGACUUUGAUGACCCCAGGCUCUUGAAGAACAUCGAAGAUCAUCAUCCCACAGCUCCGUGCAUACAGGAGUUCCUCACCCUCCUGGCCGUGUGCCACACCGUGGUCCCCGAGAAGGAUGGAGAUAACAUCAUCUACCAGGCCUCUUCCCCAGAUGAAGCUGCAUUGGUGAAGGGAGCGAGGAAGCUGGGCUUUGUCUUCACGGCCAGAACGCCAUACUCGGUCAUCAUAGAAGCAAUGGGACAGGAACAGACAUUUGGAAUCCUUAACGUCCUGGAAUUUUCUAGUGACAGAAAAAGAAUGUCUGUAAUUGUUCGAACUCCUUCAGGCCAACUUCGGCUCUACUGUAAGGGGGCUGAUAAUGUCAUUUUUGAGAGACUCUCAAAAGAUUCAAAAUAUAUGGAGGAAACACUGUGCCACCUGGAAUAUUUUGCCACGGAAGGCUUGAGGACUCUCUGUGUGGCUUACGCCGACCUCUCUGAGCGUGAGUAUGAGGAGUGGCUGAAAGUCUAUCAAGAAGCCAGCACCAUACUGAAAGACAGAGCUCAACGGUUGGAAGAGUGCUAUGAGAUCAUAGAGAAGAAUUUACUGUUACUUGGAGCCACGGCCAUAGAAGAUCGCCUUCAGGCAGGUGUUCCAGAAACCAUAGCAACUCUAUUGAAGGCAGAAAUUAAAAUCUGGGUGUUGACAGGAGAUAAACAAGAAACUGCAAUUAAUAUAGGAUAUUCCUGCCGGUUGGUAUCACAAAAUAUGGCCCUCAUCCUGUUGAAGGAAGAUUCUUUGGAUGCAACAAGGGCAGCCAUUACGCAGCACUGCACUGACCUUGGGAAUCUGUUGGGCAAGGAGAAUGACGUGGCCCUCAUCAUCGAUGGCCACACCCUGAAAUAUGCACUCUCCUUUGAAGUCAGGAGAAGCUUCCUGGAUUUGGCGCUCUCCUGUAAAGCGGUCAUAUGCUGCAGGGUGUCUCCUCUGCAGAAGUCUGAGAUAGUGGAUGUGGUUAAGAAGCGGGUAAAGGCCAUCACCCUCGCCAUUGGGGAUGGUGCCAACGACGUUGGGAUGAUCCAGACAGCUCACGUCGGUGUAGGAAUCAGUGGGAAUGAAGGCAUGCAGGCGACCAACAACUCGGAUUAUGCCAUCGCGCAGUUUUCCUACUUGGAGAAGCUGCUCCUGGUCCAUGGCGCCUGGAGCUACAAUCGGGUGACCAAGUGCAUCCUGUACUGUUUCUAUAAGAACGUGGUCCUCUACAUUAUUGAG